AUGUCGCAAGCCGCCAAGGCUGCUCUCGAGAGCAUCUCGUUCAUGGAGAAGAGUCUGGCUCAUCGUGUGAAGGCGUUUGGCCUGGACCACGACGAGUCCGUGAGGCAGUGGAAGCGGCUGGUGACAGAGUACAACGUGGCUGCCAUGAAGAUGCUACAGACUGACGACUACGAGCUGGCCAUGGACCUGCUGAACCGAGCGAAGGAGCUGACCAAAGGCGACGUGAAGUUUGGGGAGGCUGACGACAGGAGGAAACUUUUGGCCAUCACGUUCAAUAACAUGUCCUGCAUCCACAAGAAGAGAGGCUUCCUCAAGACAGCUCUAGGCUUCGCCGAGAAGGCCCUGAAGCUGGAGAUCGCGAGCAGCAAGGCAGACAAUCCAGCUUGUACCCACCUGAACCUGUGCGCUAUCCUGUCAAGGCUGGGCCGCCACCAGCAUGCCCUGCAGCACUGCCAGUGUGCGCUGGACCUUCUGCUUGGGGAGAACUAUGCUAGUGGGGUGACGCCGGGAUUUCUAGACGAGAUGGGGGAGGAGAAGGACUCGUCGAUUCUCGCCGUGUGCUAUCACAACAUGGCGUAUGACAAGGCGAUCCAGAGCUAUCUCAAGUCGGUGGAGACAGCUGGGCAGGAGCUGGGGAUGGAUCACGCGAUAACGCAGGCGUUCGAGAGCAGAGCGAACGAGGCGGUGCCUCUGCUGGAAGCGAAGCUGAGAGAGAGCAAGCGGAGCAAGAAGGUCAACGAGUACGACCAGAAGUUGGCGGCGUACGCGAAGAAAACUCCGAGGGGGACAAUGAGAUGA